UGCUUGGGGAGGGGUCUCUGCGCGUUGCGGCGGGGGCGGAACGCCAGGUGGUCGGGACAAGGUGUUGCGGGAGUGCGCCCUCAGCGAACCAAGUAAGGCAUCUCACUGGGAAAGUCGAAUGUGUGUGGCGGCCGCCGCCGAGGCCGGUUCCGAAGAGGCCUCAGCAGGGCGGGCCAGGGCCUCCGCGAACGCCGACCCUUAGGAGCGCCGAGCGAGGGAACUGCAGUGUUCCUCCCAGCCUCCGACGCCUCAGGCCUAGCGUCCCUGUCCAGGCUGAUUGGGCGCACGCGCGGCCCCACUCGCCCCCACCCGUGCGUCCCCGCUGGUCCCGCCCCCGGCCGGAAGUUCCGGCGGUGGAGCUGGGCCGGGCCCGAGAGGAUCGCGGGUUCGGGCUGCGGGGCUCGGGCUGCGGGCGCUGGGCCGCCAGGCGCGGAGCUUGGGAGCGCAGCCCAGGCCGUGCCGCGCGGCGCCAUGAAGGGCAAGGAGGAGAAGGAGGGCGGCGCGCGGCUGGGCGCUGGCGGCGGAAGCCCCGAGAAGAGCCCGAGUGCGCAGGAGCUCAAGGAGCAGGGCAACCGUCUGUUCGUGGGCCGAAAGUACCCGGAGGCGGCGGCCUGCUACGGCCGCGCGAUCACCCGGAACCCGCUGGUGGCCGUAUAUUACACCAACCGUGCCCUGUGCUACCUGAAGAUGCAGCAGCACGAGCAGGCCCUGGCCGACUGCCGGCGCGCCCUGGAACUGGACGGGCAGUCUGUGAAGGCGCACUUCUUCCUGGGGCAGUGCCAGCUGGAGAUGGAGAGCUAUGAUGAGGCCAUCGCCAAUCUGCAGCGAGCUUACAGCCUGGCCAAGGAGCAGCGGCUGAACUUCGGGGACGACAUCCCCAGCGCUCUUCGAAUCGCGAAGAAGAAGCGCUGGAACAGCAUCGAGGAGCGACGCAUCCACCAGGAGAGCGAGCUGCACUCCUACCUCUCCAGGCUCAUUGCUGCGGAGCGUGAGAGGGAGCUGGAAGAGUGCCAGCGGAACCACGAGGGUGAUGAGGACGACAGCCACGUCCGGGCCCAGCAGGCCUGCAUUGAGGCUAAGCACGUGAGGGUGCCCCCCGUCCACAUGUGGGUCUGUGUGCACCUGGCAUGGGAGCGUCCCAACCUUGUGUUGGGUCUGUGCCCCAUGGAGGAGGGAGGUGGGGUGUCCUGCACAAGUGCAGCGCUCAACUCUUCACAGGACAAGUACAUGGCGGACAUGGACGAGCUCUUCUCUCAGGUGGACGAGAAGAGGAAGAAGCGUGACAUCCCCGACUACCUGUGUGGUAAGAUCAGCUUUGAGCUGAUGCGGGAGCCGUGCAUCACGCCCAGUGGCAUCACCUACGACCGCAAGGACAUCGAGGAGCACCUGCAGCGCGUGGGUCAUUUUGACCCCGUGACCCGGAGCCCCCUGACCCAGGAACAGCUCAUCCCCAACCUGGCCAUGAAGGAAGUUAUUGACGCAUUCAUCUCUGAGAAUGGCUGGGUGGAGGACUACUGAGAUUCCUUGCCCUGCCCGGCAUCCUGGUCCAGGAGAGCCCUGGGCGGAAGCCCUCCACCCCUGUACAUAGUUUGUGUUGCUGGCCGCCCCGGCCCCUUCCAAGUUCUGCUGUUGGGCUCUGGACUAUUCCCCCUCUCAGCAUAGCUCUUGCUGGGCCGUGAUUGUCCCCUUUGUGGGUUGGAAAAGCAGGUGAGGGUGGGUUGGGCUGAAGCCACUGCCGCCACUGUCUGUGUAAUAAAAUCCGUGAGCACGAGG